AUGAGCGCGAAUUUUGAUAUUGCUGGUGGAUCAGUGCCGGUUUCUAAGGAGGGUGAUCGUGACAAGGACGUGCAUGGGGAGUUUGUGCGGAGUGCCAGUACGGUGGGGUCAGGAUCAGUGGAUGAACUCGAAGAUGGGGAGGUCGAACCCACGGAAGAAGAGCUCAGUACACUGCGUCGAGUCUCCGAUAACAUUCCGUUGUCGGCGUGGUUCGUUGUCGUCGUCGAGCUGUGCGAGCGGUUCGCCUACUACGGCCUGAGCGGCCCCUUCCAGAACUACAUCCAGUUUCCUUACAACAACGGCGACCUCAAACAACCGGGUGCCAUCGGUCUUGGCCAACAAGGCGCUACGGCCCUCUCCCAGUUCUUCCAGUUCUGGUGUUACGUGACCCCUAUCCUCGGUGCCAUCGUCGCGGACCAGUAUAUUGGAAAGUACAAGACCAUCUCGCUCUUCUGUGCGUUUUACAUGGUCGGACUGCUCGUUCUUGUCUGUACGUCAGUUCCGUCGGCUAUCAGAGCAGGCUCGAGUCUGGGUGGCAUCAUCACGGCGAUGAUCGUAAUUGGUCUGGGAACAGGUGGAAUCAAGAGCAAUGUCAGUCCGAUGGUUGCGGAGCAGUAUCGGCGUACCCGCAGAGUGGUCAAGACUCUGAAGAAUGGUGAGAGGGUCAUCGUCGAUCCAGCCAUCACGAUCCAGAGGAUUUUCAUGGUCUUCUAUUGGUGUAUCAAUGUUGGGUCGUUGAGUGCGAUCGCGACGACGGAGCUAGAACAUCACAAGGGAUUUUGGCAGGCGUAUUUGUUGCCGCUUUGCGUGUUCUUUAUCGCCAUCCUAUUCUUGGUCAUUGGAAAGCCGUAUUACGUGACUCGACCACCGACUGGAUCUGUCGUAUUGAGAGCCUUCCAAGCUGGAUGGAUCGCGAUCUGCAAUGGAGGCAAGCUCGAGGCAGCGAAACCUUCUGUUCCGGCCGGACGCGGAUUCGAUAAGUGGAAGCAACUCUGGGAUGACCAAUUUAUCGACGAACUCAAGCGCGCUCUUGUCGCCUGCCGAAUCUUCAUUGCGUAUCCAUUCUACUGGGUAUGCUAUGGUCAGAUGACGAACAAUCUCGUCUCUCAAGCUGCUACGAUGCAAACCAACGGCGUUCCCAACGACUUGCUCCAGAACUUUGACCCUAUCGCACUGAUCAUCUUCAUCCCGAUCUGCGAUCAGUUCUUGUAUCCGUUCUUGCGCAAGGUUGGGAUCCCGUUCAAGCCCAUCUCCAGAAUCACGGUUGGUUUCUUCAUGGCUGCACUGGCGAUGGCAUACGCCGCAAUCAUCCAACAUGUCAUCUACUCUUCCGGUCCAAACUACGAGUACCCUUCCGGCGCUUCCGUCCCAAACAACGUCAACGUAUGGCUGCAGAUCCCGGCAUAUGUCCUCAUCGCCUUCUCCGAGAUCUUCGCCUCAAUCACUGGUCUCGAGUACGCCUUCACCAAAGCUCCGCCCUCGAUGAAAUCGUUCAUCAUGUCCAUGUUUCUCCUCACCAACGCAUUCGGUGCAGCAAUCAACAUCGGGUUAUCGACAGUUGCCGUGGAUCCGAAGUUGGUGUGGAUGUAUACGGGCAUUUCGGCUGCGUGCGCAAUCGCAGGUGCGGUGUUUUGGCUUUCCUUCAGGCACUAUAACAAGAUCGAAGAUGAGAUGAAUGCGUUGGAGGGGAAGAGGGAGGGUGCUGUUGCUGUGGGCAAGGUCGAGCAGGUGCAUCCUAGUACUGGGGCGGUGAUGGACGUUGAGAGUGAUAAGGUAUAA